ACAUACAUAACUUGAUGUUUAGUUGAAUGUAGUAGUAUUAUUUUGCUCCCUAGUGAGGACGUAAGUGACUGUUUUUGGUUCAGUGUUUUGGGAUGUGUGAUUCUGUUAUUUAGUUGAAACUAUAUGAUUAAUCAAAAUGAGGGUUUCUAAUUGUUUAUUAGCGAAAUUAAAUAAAAUGGUGGAUUUUUACUCUCAGUUUAAUCCUUCUCCACUGUCAAUAAAGCAAUUUAUAGAUUUUGGUUUGAGUGCUUGUGAGAAAAAAUCGUACACAUUUCUGCGCAAGGAGUUGCCAGUGAGGUUGGCCAACAUCAUGAAAGAGAUCCACUUACUACCCGAUAACCUGCUACGGAUGCCAUCUGUGGGGCUGGUCAACGAGUGGUACGCCCGAUCCUUUGACGAAAUCCUUGAGUUUGAAAAGGCAGAUUGCAGCAGUAAGAACCUUGAUAGAUUUUGUAAGGCACUUAUAAAAAUCCGCAACAGACACACGGAUGUGGUGCAGACGAUGGCUCAAGGUGUCCUGGAGCUAAAGGAGUCUCACGAUGUGGACCACCAGACAGAGAACAGUAUCCAGUAUUUCCUGGAUCGCUUCUACAUGUCCCGCAUCAGCAUCCGCAUGUUGAUCAAUCAGCACACACUUCUGUUUGGGGGAGAGCUAACUCAUGAUCCCCACCAUCGUCACAUCGGCUGCAUCGACCCUCAGUGUGAUCUGGUCGGUGUGGUUCGGGACGCCUAUGAGAAUGCCAGAUUCCUCUGUGACCAGUACUAUCUCUCCUCACCAGAUCUUAAUGUCACUGAACACAAUGAUUUAGAGCCAGGGGAACCCAUACGCAUAGUGUACGUUCCUUCUCACCUGUACCAUAUGCUGUUUGAGCUGUUCAAAAACUCGAUGCGAGCAGUGGUGGAGCAUCAUAGUGAGAGCAACACCGACCAGUACCCUCCCAUCCAGGUCACUGUCGUCCGUGGCAAAGAGGACAUUUGCGUCAAGAUGUCAGAUAGAGGUGGAGGUAUCCCACGGAGUCUAACAGACCAGUUGUUCCAUUACAUGUACAGCACUGCUCCACAGCCUUCCAAAUCUGACGCACACACAGUUCCUCUUGCAGGUUAUGGAUACGGUCUACCUAUUUCACGAUUAUAUGCUCGUUAUUUUCAUGGAGAGCUGAGCCUACUCUCUUGUGAUGGUUAUGGCACAGAUGCUAUUGUGUACAUGAAGGCUUUAUCGAAUGAAGCCAAUGAACUGCUGCCAAUUUUCAACAAGACUUCGACCAGGUUUUACCGCACGACAAUCCCGACCGGGGACUGGAGCAACCAGUCAUCUUGCAUGAGUGUACGUCACUUCGUCACAUCCCCUACCAACAACACCAACCGCACGGAUCACAAAACUGAGCUUUCCCGCUCCAUGUAGUCAGACGGGUCACUUUUGAUAUGUGAUAAGACUGAGUCCAGCCCACUUUUAUCUACUUUCUGCAAUGAAACAUUUUCUAUCUACGUUUCUCAAAGGAAAGAUGAGAGCAGCUGCUUUUCUUUUAAGAAUGUAUGUUAGCUUCCAAUUCUUAAAUUUUAGUAAUAGUUUUAUUAGUUGUUACUUGUUAGUUCUCAGUAUAUAGGGAAACUAUAAUCACGGUUGAAUCAGUAAAUAUUUUAUGUUUAGUUUUAGAAUUCACAUGUUUCAGCAUUGAGAUUUUGUUGGAUGUUGUGAUUCACGUUUUUAAAUAACACUUGUCCUCUUAUCCGAACCUAUUUUAUGUGUUUUAUAAACUGCAGUUUCGCUAUCCACACAACUGACCAUCACGAUGUGUAGGAUAUUCCUGCGUCAACUGUAUUAAAUUAAGAAUUGUUUAGUUUUGAAUAUGAUAUUAGCCUUUUGAGUGCCAUGGCAAUUAAUUAAUGGAAAUUAGGUUUAUGGGAAAAUAUAUAGUGGUUCAAAAUAACCAUAAUCUAUUAAUAUUUUAGCUUAAAAUAGUAAUUUUGGUGUCAUGCAUUUUACAAAAGAGUAUAAGUAAAAAGUCACUUCCAAAAAGCUGUAAUGAUAACAAAUUUUUCUCUUGUACUUCUACUUUUACUAUUAAAAUGCUACUCCAGGGUAUCUAAAAUGAAUAUUUUUAUCAAAAUAUAAUGAAAGACUAUGAAUAAAAUCUCACAACAAGCAAUUUUUAUCAAUGUUAUGGCUAAACUUGGCUAUUGCCAAGAGGCUAGUACAAUACUUGAAAAACCGUAACAUCAUAUAAUUAACCAACAAUUUUUAUUUUUAGACCAUAAUUUACAAUAGAAAGUGGUGUGUUUAUAAAAUUUCAUUAUAACUAAAUAAUACUUAUGGCUGAAAAAUAAGGUUACGAGGAAACUUCCAGUUGGCUUACAAACGAAUUCAGUAAUGUUGUUGGUUUACGAACCCAAAUCAACAAAUCAGCAAUUAAAUAUGUAUGCCAAAUUUUAGCUUUGUAUAAAAAUGUUUAAGGACAAAUUUAUAUAUUGUAAAUGCUGAUUUUGUUGUUGUUGUGAGGUCUGUUAACAUUCCUUAAAUUAUACAUAAAAUUGCUGGAAAACUAAAUGGUAAACCGUAAUAAUUACUUUUCUAUGAAAUUUAAGAAUUAGUAAUAUGAGUUUAAAAACUUGAAAAAUCGAUGCCAUUUUCUUAUACUGGUAAUAUGAAAAUAUAAAGCAUAUACAUGCAGGUUAUUUUUAACAAAGUUGGGUUCAACUAUUUUUGUCCUUUAGAUUUUUUAAUAUAUUUCUUAAUUUAAUGAAGCAGUAAAUAUUCAAGUUUCAUAUUUACCUGAAGAAUGUAAUAUGUGUGAUAAUACUCAGCCUUAAAAAAACAAUGAAGUUGACAGUAAUGUAACUUUUUGGAUUUUCCUGGCAGUUUCAUAUAAAAUCAUAAUUUCCAAAAUUGUAUUAUUGAUUAAUUGUUUUAAACUAUGGAAAUCAAACUUUAUAAUCAUAACUGAUGAUUAGUGUUUAACAAUUCUUUAAAUUAUGGUUUUUUAUUAUAAAACCUUCUUAUGGUUAAACAUGGUAUGGCCAAAAUGUUUAAACUACUACCAUUAGUUAGACUUUUUUUAAUCUGUGUAAUAAAUUACAUGUGACACCCUAUGAUGAAAAGAGUGAAAAAGAGUAAUAUGUAGCACUGUUAAAUAAAAGAUAUUUGGAAAAGUAAAAAAAUAAAAAUAUUUGUUAACAUUGUUAAUCAAAUUUCGUUUAUAAAUGUGCAAGUUUACAUUUGAGAUUUAUGAUAGGUGCAAAGAUAGGAGCUACUUUUUGAAGUUAUAAAUAUAACAGUGUUAAAGUUAUGAACAAAUAACAAUAGUUUCAAAUUUACAAUUUUUUGUCAGGUUUUUAAGCUAAAGACAUGCCUGUAGAACUCACAUUGAAACAUUUUUUAUGUGUACAAAAAUUGCAAUUGAUUACCUGAAUAUUGUUAUCCAAAUUUUUAAAAUGGUGUAAAAUCAGUGUCCUGCAUUUUAUGAAUUUAACCAACCACAAAGUCUGAUUCUGUGUGCUAGUGGUUGGUUUGUAGGGGUGGUUUUAAUGUAGAUUUAGUUUUAUUGUUCUUUUCUUUGUAACCCUAAGUAAAUUUAUUACAAUAAUAAGUUUUAAAAUUUUAGCAGUUUCAUGUGUUAAAGGAAAUCUAAGCAGAAACCAUUUUAAUUUCAUUCACUUUGUUACAAAGUCAUUUAAAUAAUAAUACUUUUUAUGAUUUAGCAGUUGCUAGAAAAUUUGAACACAAGUUUAUCCCCCUCAUGGUUUUGGAUGUAAUAAUGCAUUCAUAGUGGUUGUAUAAAAGUGUACUACUGAUGUAAAAUUACGCAUUGUUAUAUUGUUCCUGUUUUAUUCUGUUGUCUGUCGUAAUAUUAUGUAGAAAUGAGAACCACGUGUCAUGCAAGUAGUUCUGGUAUUUCUACUAGAUGUCAGUACUUCCUUGGUUUUCUGUCAUGAAUGUUUGUAUAGUGAGUUUGUACACAGGGUGACACAAAAUAACGGGAAUUUUUAAAAAAAUUCUAAAAAAUAAGAGUGAUGGAAGAAAAUGGUUUUAUUUGUAUUAAAUGAAACAUCAAAACUUGCCAUUUAUGAAACACUGAUGGAAUUUAUGAUUUUUUUUUAAACAACAUCCUUUAGGUGGCGUCCUCGUCUAUGAAUGCAUUCUUGAAAUCUGCGGUGGAGAUUCCUCAUUGACCGCUGCAACAUCUCAACUGGAAUACUGUUAAUUUCCUGAAUUCUCUAUUUUAACUCAUUUACAGUUCUUGGUCGAGUUGUGAACACUUUAGUUUUGAGGUAGCCCCACAAAAAGAAAUGGCACAUGGUCAAAUCUGGCGAUCUAGGGGGCCAGGAAACGUCACAGAAUCUUGAGAUGACACGGUUACCAAACAAUACUCGCACAUCUUCCAUUGACUGUCGUGCAGUGUGUGAUGUCGCACCAUCCUGUUGAAACCAGGAUUCUUGAAAUUCUGGAAAAUAGUUCAAUUCAGGUGUAACGAAACGUUGUAACAUUUCCACGUAACGAUCAGAAUUGACAUUUACUGCAAUCCCCAGUUCAUCCUAAAAAAAAUAAGGUCCAAUGAUCCCAUGUAAUGAAACAGCACACCAUACUGUAACCUUAUUAGUGUGUAAAGGGCGCUCAUGAAGUUCAUUAGGAUUUCUGCCUGCCCAGUAUCGGUAGUUCUGCUUGUUAAUAUAACCUGUGAGAUAAAAGUGCCUCAUCUGACAAGCACAACUUGCUUAGAAAUUCAUCUUCAUUGUUUAUGUGUGUUAACAUUUGUUGGCAGAAUUGCAAUCGCGACUGGUAAUCAUUUUCCUUCAACUGUUGCACUAUCUGCAGCUUGUAGGGGUGAAAUUUUAAUUCUAAAUGAAGAAUUCUGCGAACACUUUCACGGGACAUUUCAACAGCAGCUACUUGCUUACGAAUCGAAUGGCGUGGACUCCUCAAUACAGAUUGGCGUACAACAUCAAUGUUCUGUGCAGUACAAGCACUUCUUGGUCGUCCCGUUGGUUUCUUCUUUAAAGCUGAUCCACUCUCUUCACAAUUAUGAAUCCAACUUCUAAUGGCAUGUUUUGACGGAAAAGAAUCAUGACGUCCUAAGUUGUAAAAACGUCGGAACUCAAUCUGGGCAGCUUUCGAACUAUCACCGUUUUUAUAAAACAUUUUUAUAGCUAACGCACACUGUUGCCCGUUCCACUGGUCCAUGGCUACUGUAAUGGCGGCUUGUUUACUUGGUCACUGUCACUGUCCCGCAGUGCUGCCACCUGCUCACGGCUGCCACAACGCGUUACAAAAAUUCCCGUUAUUCUGUGUCACCCUGUAUCUGUACUGUAGUCGCACAGUGCAGACAGCUACCACAUGUUGUUUUAUGUCACCCGUUCUGGAGGUUUAAUUUCUAGUGUUUAUUGUACCAUGGAAAUAUCCAACGCACAAAUAGGCGAUUGGCUUCGUUUGCGUGAUGGUGACAUGGACAUCGAUAGUGAAAAUAACUUAGUGGACAAUAUAUAAAAUAAUAACAAAAAUUUGAUAAAAAACACUUUGUAUACAAAUUGCAUGAAAAAGUAUAUCUAAACUCUACAAACCUAUAUCUGUAAAAAGCAAUCAAAAAUUAAAUUCAGCAAAACAAUAUAAUUUUAAUUACAAAAAAGAAACCAUUAAGGUUAAAUGAAAUUAAUAUUUUUCUCUUUAAUAAUUAUUAUGAGAUUAUUAGUUGUUGUCAGCGGUAACAAAAUUAUUCUUUUAUUUCUGAUUUGUGUAAUGUAAAAUAUUUAAAGAGUCAAAGAGUCUUAAAAAUUGUUAACCAUUGAUCAUACAUAAUGAAAUAGGUUUCAUCCCUAAAUUUCUAAAUUAAAAUAUAUAUAAAAAUAUAUAUAAAUCUUAAAAAUAUAUAAGCCUAAUUUAAAUUAACAGUAAAACUAUAUUAGCCUGAUUAAAAUCAACAGUAAUCUUGCAACCAAAGAAUUCUUUUAUAGUGUAAAAUGGAGUUUUAAGCAACCAGCUGUACAUUCUAGUCCUAAACAUACUUAUAGGCUCAGUUCUAGUAGAUAGUGGUAAUUUAUUAAAGAAGCGUAUUACCAUACAGUUUGUGUGAUUUGGCAGUCUUUGUUAAUCUAUGCAUUGGGAUAUCAAUUUUGCUUCUCCCACAUGUAUUAUAACUAUGUAUAUUUUCUCUGAUGACAGAGUCAUCUAAGUUGUUUAUACGUACAUCAACGUACUGAAAAUAUAUAAGUUUACCACAGUUCUAGGUGGUACGGUUCUGUGGUGUACACCACAGUUUUAUUCAAUGAUAAAAAAUUCUCUGCGUGUAUAAAUCCUUUCGCACAUUAAAUGUUAACAGGUGUCUUGUAUCAAGAAAAUGUAUGUAAUAAUUAUGUUAAAUCUAGCAAAAGCUAUGUAUUGACAACUUGACUUUGAAAAUCUUGUUAACUCUUAACCAAUAAAAUUGGUUAGGCACCUAGAUAGGCACAAAUGAUGUAUUUGAAAUUCAAUAUAACACAAUCAUAACUCCGAGAGAGUUUGUGAGUAUUCUCUGUGGUUCUCUAAACAGCAUAUACAAUCAGCUUUGUAAAUUGUGACACUUAGCACUAAAAGGGUUAAAAUUAAUCAUUUAAGUUUUGAAACUCUCUUAGUUAGUUAUACAGUGUUGGGAAAGAUAACAAUGGAUUUAUGAUUUUUUUAUGGAUAACUUUCAAAGUGAUAAUUGGGAUGUAAACAAGGAUCUUAUUUUUCAUGUUUGGGCCGAUUGAGUCCAACUUUAACACCUGUGAUUGUAUUCAAUCUCAUCCUGACUAAAUUUCUUGGGUCAGCGUCGGUACCGAGUUUCUCUCGCUCUUGUCUUUGUCACCGCUUACCCACGAAAGUUGCAAUGACAAAGUUGCGUGUUUCAAAUUUUUUUCUGAAAUUAACUUGGAAAGUAAUUAGAUACUUCCAUAUAACAUAUACUGUAGAUUGUCUAGGUGUGUUGUUUUUGGCCUGAAAACAUUUGUGGUUUUAUACAUUCACAUGAUCCGACAAUACAAAACUGGAGCCUAUACAUUUAUGUAUACUGCACAAACAAACAUAAUGCAAAAUUUAAUCUAUCAUACAUAUUUUAAGUAGGCACCAAUGGUCUUACAAUAUUUAAAUUCAUUUUUUCUCACUGUUCUUUUUCAGCAAUAUGUAAAAAUAAUGUACAAGUAACUCGUUUAUGUAAAAUUAUUUACAUCUUAAGUGUUUUCACUGACCUUGGCACACAUGAAAAGUUGAUGUAGGUCCAUGUUGGUGUCCUGAGUUGCCAUAAGUUAGGCCAUAUGCAAGUUAUGAAUCUGUUAGAAUAUUUUUCCGACUUUGUAUUAUACUAAAUCAAUAAUCUGUACUACAUGUUUCUUUAAAUUGCCAGUGAAGUGUACCUUACAAUUUACAUGUUUUGUAUCUUUUUAAGUUAGCACUUUUUUAUUUUGCCAUGGCACAUGGGUUUUUUAAGUUAUUUUGCCGUUAAACAUAAAUUAAUAUAAUUAAAAUUGCAUUGCUUCUGAAAUAAUAAAUAAUAACCAUAGUUCAACUCGGUUAUUUUACAUUUAAUUAUUAUACUUUUUAACAUGACAUAGGUUUGUGUGCAAUGUAAUUAUUUGGAGAAUAUGUUAUUUUCAACUACACAAUUUAUAAGAACAAUAUUUCCAAGCAAAUCAACAAGUAACCAGAAGUUCUUGGUGGUACACCCUGUUACAAAGUAAAUAGGCAGAUUUUGUCUACAACAUCACUGUUCUCUACUGAACAUGAUGCAAAUCAUUGUAUCACAAUAUAGGCAAAAGCCAAAGUGUCACCUUGUUUGUUUAUUUAUGGUUUUAUAGUUUAUAAAAAAUAUAUAUAUAUAUAUUCUAUUAGACUUAGUCUGAUUAUAGUUGGAUUGUAAAUAUUGUUGCUAUGUUACCAAUGAUCUAACAAGCCUAAAGUUUGCUGUAGAUUCAGAAACUAUGUGAUGUAAAUAAGACUGUCCGUUUGGGAUAAAUAUUUAAUAAACUUAAAAUCUGGGAGUCUGUGAAAUACAAUAUUGGUAACGAACAUAAACAUGCAUAUCAAUAAGGGUAGAUCACUUUAAUUUUUUAAUCAAACAUUGAGAUAGCGCUAAAGCAUUUUAUUUGUUUUUAUUUUGUAACCUGAUUCCUAAAACUUGCAAUAAGUAAUUUCCUCGGUUACUGAAUGUGAAUGUAAUUUAUAUGUGUUGUAGAAUAGCCAUUUUUCUUUGCUGCCAUUUUGUAAACACUGUUGUGUCAUUAUGUGUAGUAUACACGAAACAAAAUUGCAUUACUCACUUAAAAUUGAAUUUGAAAUCAUCGCAUUAUGUGUAUGUAGAUAAAAGUGUGGAUUGUUAUAAAUUAUGAUUGUUUUAAUGUUGCCGGAAAAAAUACUACUGUCUGCCAAUAGCAAGAUUCCUAGUGUCAUGUUUUAGGAAUCUAAGGGAGUAGCAACAUCGGUCAUGAGCAAGAUUUCAGUAUUCAUACUGAGAGAGGUAGCAAACUCUUUCUGGAGCUCUCAGGAAUGUGGAAUACUUUGCAGUGAAUUAGCUUAGGAGCCAACUGUAAUAAAAUGACCUAGAGUAUUUUCUCCAUAAGGACAAUGUUAAACUCCAUGUACUUUUACACUAUUUUUGAUCUGUUGUCUGGGGGUUGUAUAAUUUUAAAGACAUAAUUAAUAUGCAUCCAAACACUUUUGGGUUUUUUUUGUGAAAAAACUUUUUACCACAAUUAUUUUUAUAUAGUUUUUGAAUAUUUUAUAAGAUUGUUUCAAUUGUUGUAGUGGAUAAUGUGCAACAGUGAUUACAGUGACAGCUUCACCUACCAUGCUUACCUUAGUGCAUACAUAACACUAUUGUCUAUAGAGUUCAUGCUAAAGAGCGAGUAAAAGCUUCUUGCAUAUAAUAAUUGUUGUGUCCUAUUCAUUUGUUGGAGGGUGGUUAAUUGUGCCCUUUUGUGACUAACCAAUCUCCUCCGUUGCACCAUUCUAGCCAAUAUUCUGCUGAAUAGACAAGAGUAUACGUGUUAUUAUGUAGGCUAUUAUUCUCAUGGUGUGCAACUCAUAUUCGGUUGAUGGUGUGUAAUUCAUUGUCAAAAUGAGGAGGGAACCAAACUGAUGCCCUUGAAUCCAGAACACAGUUAUAAACAGCAUAAACUGAUAAACUUUGACUUUAGUGAAAACCUAAAAACGUGAUUUUAAAAGUUAAAUCACUAUCGAAUUUCGGCAUUGAAAUUAACUUUUAGUUGUAAUGACUAUCAGUACUUGUGUUGGUACUACUGAAACAGUGUCACUUUACGAUUUUUGUAAGUCAAUGAUUACUCAAAUCAUGCAAUACAGCAUAUAAGUAUUCUUAUGAUGCACAAAGUUUUACAAUGCAAGAAUUGGAAAUAAAAUUUAAUUUAGCUUUCUAGAGGAGCUUUUGUUUGUUGAAAAAGUGCUCAAAUUAUAAAACAAAAAAAACAAAUCACUAAAAUUUAAAUGUCAUAAGUUUUUUUUAUAUCAUUAUUCAUUUUAUUUAAUUAAUGUUAUACUUUAUAUUUACAAAUAAAAAUCAAUAAAACUGUCUGGAUCAAAUUAAAUAACACUUUAUGCAGUUAAUGAUACUAAUACAUGGUACUCGUUGUUUUAAGAUUGUUAAUGACAAUGGAAUGUUUGAAAGGAUAAUUAAAUUUAGGACAUUUGCCCUCGUUACAUGUUACAAAAAAAGUCACAUGGUAGAUGCAGCUUAGUAUAUCUUUAUGCAUGAGACUUUUUCUGUAGUUGCAAAUGCCUCAACAGGUUGACUUUCCUCCAUCACCAGACAGUGUUAUGCCACUGUAAGUGAGCUAAUGUUUGAAAGUUGGGUACUAUUACAGUUUUCUGAAUCUGUACUUGGAUUCUUUAUGUAACCUGUACAGUACCCAGAAGACCAUGCAAAUCAAUUGUCGUGAGGAUGCGACUGUGCAUUGAAUAAAGUGGGUCUAUACAGUGGGAAGUCUUGGGUUGCAAAUUAGUAAUUGUAAAACCUGUACGGUAAGAGUACAUGAACCUGUGUGGACAGGAUACAAUAUGUAAUCUGAGUCCAACACACAUACACUCAUCUAAGUCACACACUCGCACACCACUUUAGUUAUUUUAUUCCAACAAAUGUUUAAGCAAUGUUUUAAUUGUACCAGGUUGAAAAAUUCUUACUGCUUCCUCCUUUACAAUUAACAGAUUUAAUAACCAUGACUUUAGUAUUAAAGUUUGUUUCAAGUUUUGCAUGUGAAUAUUGCUUUUAUUUGCCAAUUGCAUCUUCCGCUUUGUACUAAGUUGCCACAUAAAAAUCAGUGUCUAUUGUGAAACAGAGUCGGUGCACCGAGGUGGUAGUCAUUUUAAUGAUGGACAGCACUAUUUCAGUACAAACUCUAUCUAAUGAUAAAUAAAAAUUAUAUGGCAUUUGCCAUACUGUUGCAAAAAAUUGCUUUUUUUAUUAUGUACGUGCGCUGAUAGUUUGUUUUACUACAGUUUGAAUUUUAAUGAAGUUAAAGUAAGAAGUUGUUUGCCAACACACUGAACACUAAUGGAUAAUUGGAUUGCCCAACUAUCCCAUUAACUUUCCUUUGAAGUUUUCAAUGUUUGUAAUCAAUGACUGCUCAGCAAUAUUAGUAGCAACGAAGCAUGUAUCAGUAUUACCAUUUGAAAUAAGCAAUAUCUCAAUGUUUCACUGUUUUGUAUGGGUUUAUUAAACUCUCUAAUUUAUUUAUAAUAAAUUGAUAAUGUCCGGUUUCUGUUCUAAUGUCCUGCAAUCCACUUGUGCAGACUCUUGUAACAUGUGAUUGGGUGUACGUAUUUAAAGUGAAGUAUGACUGUAUUGCAUUUGUGAUAACCACAAUGUACAAUAUCUUGAUAUAUUCCUUUAGUUGUAUAAUGAGUACAACGCGUCAUAAAUACUGUCAAAUGUACAAUAAAUAACCAUCACUUUGGAAAAAUAAAUAUUGUAUACUUUAUUUUCACAUAUUAGUUUUUACAGUCACCAUAGAGGUUUAGGUGGAUGAAAGCAAUUUAGUUCAUAUAAAGCAGAUUUUAAGGUUUUUGAAUUAUAUUGAUUGAUCAUGUAUUUUCAACAUUAUAUGUGUUACUUUGUCUUGGUUUUAUAGUUUGGAAAUUAGUUUUAUAUUAUUAAGAAGAAUAUUUGACAGUUAAAUUACAUACUAUUACAUUUUGUAUUAAAAAAAUAAAUUCCUAUAAAAAUAUAA